UAGAUGCAGCAAUUGUUCCAUGAAAACUAUGAACACAACCGCAAGGGUUACAUUCAAGAUCUUCACAACAGCAAGAUUCAUACAGCCAUAACGCUUCAUCCAAACAAAAGACCUGCCUACCAAUAUAGGCUGCACAAUUACAUACUGAGUCGCAAAAUUUCCGAACUGCGCCAUCGGACUAUCCAGCUCCAUCGAGAAAGUGUCCUGAUGAGCAAGCUCAGUAACACUGAAGUAAAUAAGGAAGAUCAGCAACUGGGAGUGGUGCCGUCUUUCAAUAAUUUCCAGCCACAUGAAAGGGAUGAAGUCAUCGAGUGGGAGUUCCUGACAGGAAAGUUUCUUUACUCAAUGGUGGAGAACCAGCCACCCCGGCAGAGCCUGAGCAGUGUCCUGCGGGCUGCACUGGAUGAUACUGUGAUGCAGGUCAUGGAAAUGAUAAAUGAGAACUCCAGAUCUAGAGGAAGACUCAUUGAUUUCAAGGAAAUACAGUAUGGGUACCGCAGGGUAGACCCUCUGCAUGGAGUAGAGUACAUCCUAGAUUUACUGCUUUUGUACAAAAGGCACAAAGGAAGGAAAGUUACAGUCCCAGUGAGACGCCAUGCUUACCUUCAGCAGUUGUUUAGCAAACCUUUCUUCAAAGAAGCAGAGGAGCUGGAUGUAAAAAGCCUGCUGGAGGACACCAAUAGUGACACUCAAUCUUUCUCUUUCCUUUCAAAUUCUUUAAAGAUUUUUUCCUCGUCAUUCCAAGGAACCAAAGACAUCGGGAGACACAGUGACAAGAAAAUACAUAUUCUUGUUCCUAUCACGGGGAGAUUUGACACUUUCUCAAGAUUUAUGGUUAAUUUUGAGAAGACUUGUCUUAUUCCCAAGCAGAACGUAAAGUUGGCAAUAAUACUCUUCAGUUCUGAUUCAGGCCCAGACUCUAGCAAACACAUAGAACUAAUGAAAGAAUACAGCGUUAGGUAUCCCAAGGCAGAUAUGACCCUGAUUCCAAUGUCAGGAAAGUUUUCUAGAGGUCUAGCUCUUGACAUGGCCUCAUCUCAUUUUGACAAUGACACUUUGCUGCUGUUCUGUGAUGUUGAUCUGGUAUUCACAUCAGACUUCCUCCAGCGAUGCAGAGAUAACACUAUUCAGGGAGAACAGGUUUACUACCCUAUCAUCUUCAGCCAGUACGAUCCAAAAGUAAUAUAUGGAGGCAACCCUCCAGCUGACAGUAGUUUUGUUUUUACAAAAAGAACUGGAUUUUGGAGGGAGUAUGGAUUUGGAAUUACCUGUAUUUACAAAAGUGACUUACUUACUGCUGGUGGAUUUGAUACCUCAAUUCAAGGCUGGGGACUUGAGGAUGUAGACCUCUUUACUAAAGUGAUAACAUCUGGCUUGAAGGCUUUCAGAAGUCAGGAAGUAGGAGUUGUCCAUAUUUUUCAUCCUGUUCAGUGUGACCCCAAUUUAGAUCCGAAACAAUAUAAAAUGUGCUUAGGGUCCAAAGCAAGUACAUUUGCCUCUACCAUGCAGCUCGCUGGACUCUGGCUACAGAAACAUUUGGGUGUCAGGUACAAUUGGACUCUCUCCUGACACUCAGCCUAUUUGGCCUUUUUAGGGGAGUUUACCUCAUUGCUGUUAUUUGAUUUUGCUGUUGUAUUUUAAACUCCCUCCUCGUUGUCUUCCAAAGACUGUUGACCUCAAACGGGCUGACUCUGCUGUUCACUGAUGUUUCUUAUGCCUACUGAACUGGUGAGGUGAAUUCCUUCAUAUUUCCUUUAUUUGAAAUUCAAUCUUGUCAUGGAAAUCAUACAAGCACAUGGAGCAUAUUCAUCACAAGAGACUGUAUUAGAAGAAUGUUGUCUUUCAGCUUUUGGAUUCAAUAUCAUCUUUGUUGCAUUUCUCAGAUUUGAUGUGAUACAAAUAUUUACUGGUGAAGGUACCACAAAAGUGCUUUACGCUUCUUCUGGGGAUGGAACUCUCUAAGAUAAACUUGAGUUU